AUGGAAACGUUUAAUAAACUUCAGGAGAAUAAUAAAGAACUUAUCUCUAAAGGUAAAAUCAACUUUAGGAAAUCACCUAAGGAUCGUAUUUCAGUCUCAUAUGUUGAAACGCGUUUAGAAGCUUUAGAGAAUCAGUGGCAAUCGUUUUGUGACAUACAUCGGCAGAUAAUUACAGAGAUUGGUAAGAAUGAGUUAGAAACUUCUAGUUAUUAUAAGAAUUCAAUUUAUGACCAAACCGAAAAUUUAUACUUUGAUUAUAAAACAGAAUUAAAAGAUGUUUUAAAUACAUUAAAAACCAAAGUUAAAUCUGUAACAGAAACUUCAAUGGUAUCGAACAUUAAAGAUACAUCUAAUUGUUUUGUAAAAUUACCAGAGAUUAGCAUACCGAAAUUUUCGGGAAAGUAUUCAGAGUGGACAAGUUUUAAAGAUCUGUUCACGUCAUUGAUUCACAAUAAUAUUAAAUUAGAUAAUGUUCAGAAACUACAUUAUCUCAAAGGUCAUUUGUCGGGAGAGGCGGAGCAGCUUUUAAGACAUGUUCCUAUUACUGAAAAGAAUUAUAAUGUUUGCUGGACUCAGUUAACUAAUCGUUAUGAUAACAAAAAAUAUUUAUCUAAUAAUAUUCUGAGACGUUUCAUGAGCCAGAAGUAUUUGCAAUAUGAAUCGUCGAAUGCCAUUAAGGAGUUAUUAGAUAAUAUGAACGAAUGUUUAAGCGCGCUACAGAACAUAGGUGUUGACGUCAGUAAUUGGGAUAUCAUUGUUAUUUAUAUAUUCAGUCAAAAGCUUGAUCCUGAGUCCAGAAAGCAAUGGGAAUUAAAGUCAAAUGAAACUGAAGGGUUGCCCACUUUGACUGCUUUUAGGGAGUUUCUAGAACAUAAAUUUAGGUCAUUAGAGUUUUUAGACACUAAGCAUAUUAUUUCUAAACCUUGUAACGCACGAAAGGCUAUUAAUGUCGCUCAAGUAGAAAGUUUAAAUAAUGCUAACUUUAAUAAUACUAAUUUAAACUGUCAGUAUUGUAAGGCCAAUCAUAAAUUAAUAAAUUGUAAAGAUUUUGCUAAGGCUGAUUAUGAAGCACGACAUAGUUUUAUCCAGACCAGUCGUUUGUGUUUUAACUGUUUCAGCCCGAACCAUUCCGUUUACUCAUGCCGCAAAACCACUAGAUGUAGAGUAUGUAAACGGAAGCAUCAUUCGCUGCUGCACCCUCCAAAUGUAGUGCAGAGCAUGGAGAGUGCCGAGUCCAAAGAUAAAGGUGUAGUAGUUUCUUCAGCAACCACAUCACAAGGAGUAACUAAAGUAGAUACCUGUUAUUCAAAUAGUUGUAGCCAAGUCCUCCUGGCUACAGCUAUUGUGGAAGUGGAGUCUCGAACGGGUAGUAUUGGUCUAAUUUAUAGAUGUUUGUUGGAUCAAGGCUCACAGGCUUCGUUUAUCACGGAGUCGGCUGUCCAAGCCCUUGGACUGAAGAAAAUUCCCAACAAGGUUCACAUUUCUGGAAUCGGAUGUAGAAAUGAGUCUUUACUAUCUAUGUCAGUAGUUGAAAUCAAACUAAAGUCAAUUCAUAAUCCGCAAUUCACUUUGGUCGUCAAGGCCCAUGUGCUAAGCAAACUGACAUCUUUUCUUCCCUCAAAGAAAGUAAAUGUUCAGUUGUGGCCCGAACUAACAAGCUUGAAGUUAGCUGACCCGAAGUUUGACGUACCAAAUAAAAUAGACUUGUUACUUGGCGCAGAAGUGUAUGGUCAGAUUGUAGUUAAAGGUCUUAUCAAGGGUCCUCCCGGGUGUCCCGUAGCCCAGAACACCCAGCUGGGAUGGAUCUUGUCUGGUCAAAUACACUCAGGUCAAAGUCAAAGUUCAGAGUCGUGCCAAGGAAAUACUAUUGUUGUCAGCAUGCACACCCAGUGCAAUGACAAUGAUCUUUUGAGAAAGUUCUGGGAAUUAGAGGAUGUUCCAAUUAAGAAGAAAAUGCUCACUGAAGAUGAGCAGAAAUGUGAGGAGAUUUUUUAUAAUACAGUGACCAGAGAUGAAUGCGGACGAUAUAUUGUGAAGCUUCCCUUUCGCGACGUCAACCCAGUCUGUAAAAAGGGAAAUUUUAGAGAAAUUGCAACUAAGAGACUAUCAACUAGAAAAAAGAUUAUCAAAAAAUACAGAAUUUAA